AUGGAGUCCUACAUACCCUUCGAUCCAUCUACCCCGAACGACACAGUAAUUCCAGCGCAGGCUGCUUGGACCACACCGCCACACCAAAUGUUCCCAGUUGAUAUGCAUGCACCAAGGAUGAUGUCGGCUCACAAUUUCGACACCGCCGUGCCAUCAUCUGAAAACUUUUCCGCGCUUUUGGCAAGCUGUGACCCAGAUUGGGCUAAUUAUUGGGAGCCUCAUCCUGCGCACCCCAACAUGGAGCUUGAAGCUAGCACAUUAUCGAUGAGUCAACCUCAAUGGCCAGCGGCCGAUUACUACACUCUCGAACCACCAGCGCUACCAUACGAACCUACGCCCUACCCGCAGGAUCAACUUUACCAUUUACAAGUUCCUUAUCCAACUGGGCCUCUAGGAUUUGAGAAGAGUCCGAGUGUAACGACGAGCAGUUCGUCUUUUAACUCGCCGCUUGAGAAUUCAUCACUUUGGAGUUUGUCACUCUCUCGACAAUCAUCAUCUAGCUCGACGUCCCCAUCAGUUUCUGGCUCUCAGAGUUCUCCGCCUCCUGUUAAAAAAUACACUUGCCAAACUUGUGGACGGGCCUUUCAAAGACAAACGACACUCACACAACAUCAAAUUACCCACACUGGAGAGCGACCUUACGCAUGUCCGCUCGCCGGUUGUGAAAAAGCUUUUACCACAGCUUCGAACGCUAAACGUCAUGCAAAGACUCAUUAUCGAGCACAACAUCAUCAUCAUCUAACCUCCUCUUCAAACAGAUCGUUUUAUUAA